CCCGGGCUGAGCCCGCCCGCAGCCCGGCCCGCGUCCCUGCGCAGCGCCGCCCGGCCGGGUGCAUGCAUUGUGGGCCUCCCGACAUGGUCUGCGAGACGAAGAUCGUGGCCGCCGAGGACCAUGAGGCGCUGCCGGGGGCCAAGAAGGACGCGCUGCUCGCCGCCGCCGGCGCCAUGUGGCCCCCGCUGCCCGCCGCUCCUGGGCCGGCCGCCGCCCCCGCCGCGCCCCCACCCGCGCCGGGCCCCCAGCCCUCUGGCGGCGCAGGGGGCGCGGGGCCUCCAGAGGGGCGCGGCGUGUACAUCCGCGAGUUCCGCGCGGCGGAGCAGGAGGCUGCGCGCCGCAUCUUCUACGACGGCAUCAUGGAGCGCAUCCCGAACACGGCCUUCCGCGGCCUGCGGCACCACCCGCGCAUGCAGCUGCUCUACGCCCUGCUGGCCGCCCUGUGUUUCGCCCUGACCCGCUCGCUGCUGCUGACCUGUCUGGUGCCCGCGGGGCUGCUGGGGCUGCGCUAUUACUACAGCCGGAAGGUGGUGCUCGCCUACCUGGACUGCGCGCUGCACACGGACAUGGCCGACAUCGAGCAGUACUACAUGAAGCCCCCCGGCUCCUGCUUCUGGGUGGCCGUGCUGGAUGGCAACGUGGUGGGCAUCGUGGCGGCGCGGGCCCACGCGGAGGACAACACGGUGGAGCUGCUGCGCAUGUCCGUGGACUCGCGCUUCCGCGGCAAGGGCAUCGCCAAGGCGCUGGGCCGCAAGGUGCUGGAGUUCGCCGUGGUGCACAACUACUCGGCGGUGGUGUUGGGCACGACGGCCGUCAAGGUGGCCGCCCACAAGCUCUACGAGUCUCUGGGCUUCAGACACAUGGGCUCAAGUGACCGCUACGUGAUGCCCGGCAUGACCCUCUCGCUGGCCGAGCGUCUCUUCUUCCAGGUCCGCUACCACCGCUACCGCCUGCAGCUGCGCGAGGAGUGACCGCCAGCCGCCUGCCUGCCGCCCCGCCCGCCGCCCCGUCCACCGUGCACGCCUGCCCGCCGCCCGGGCCGCUUCCCAGACGCUCACCUCGGCGUUUGUGUUGGGUUUUCCUUUUUCAGCACCACACGGUUCUUGGGCUGGUUCUUGGGCUGGUUCUUGGGGGGGUGCGGGGCCGUUGCUCAUCCAUGACACGAGGGGAGGUGGGUUCUUCCCGGCCACGUCCCUCGUCCUCCCCCCAUCUGCCGGGGCCACACCCUGAAGAGUGACAGCGUGGACCACCGUGUGCCCACGCAGCUGCCCGGCCCUGGCCCGUGGGGCCCCUUCCCGCCCACCCCUGCUGGGGCAGGCCCAGCCUUGCCCACCAAGCACAGGGCCUCUGCAGUGAGGCCCCUCCCAGCAGACCCCCUGGCCACCAGCCAGGUGGCGGCUCGGCCAUCAGUCCCUGGGAGGUGUGGCCUCUGUGCUGGCCGGCCACUGCCCCACGGGGCGCCGAGCUGGCCGCGGGCCCGCUUUGCUCUGUGCAUGCUGAGGAUGUGGCCUGGCUGCAGCAUGCCGCAUGCCCACAGCCUCCCGCCCCCCGCCCUGCCCAGACCGGACCCAGACUGGUGAGCGCCCCUGGACCCGGCCCAGCCUCUCGGGAGGCCUUACCGUCCACCUCGCCCCUCGCUUCACCCAGUUCGGCUUUGCUUUGACAUCGGAUCACCUUUCCUUCCUUUUGGUACCUGUCCCCCCCCUGCCCGGGCUUUGCUGAUUGGCGUCACCCUCCAGGUGUGGUUCCCAUAGCGACGUGUUGCACAGCCGUGGUCAGGGCCCUUCAGGAGAGCAGGGUGGGGAGGCGGUCUGGGGUGGCCUCUGCCCCGGGCCUCCCUGAGGACCUCGUGCCUCACGGCCGCCGGGCUUUGUCCUGCGAAUCUUACCAGCCCAGGCUGCUGCCUGCACCCCGAGCCCACAGCUUCUCCCAGCCUGAAGCCGACCUAUUUUUAAUAAGUUAUUUAGACAGAAUAGCACUCUGCAUGACUUUAAUUCUUGGGACAAAGCGGUAGUUUAUACCUUAACACACACACACACACACACACACACACACACACACACACCCGUGUGAUCUAGAAUAUGCACUAUUUCUGGCCCAGUUUGGAGGGGUGGGUGGCCGGGUGGGUGGAGGGUUUCAGUUUGGAGUCUGGAGGGAGACCCUGAUUGCACAUACUUUCCUCCCAGCCAGCAUCCCUGGUUUGUGAGGGGGCUGUGGGCCACCCUCGUCUGCCCUAAUGUUGCAGGGCUGCAGGCAGGAUGGGCACGAGGUCCCCAGCCCCUGCCCCUGCCCGUGCAGGAGCUGGGCUGCUGCCUUCGGGAGGGGCUGGUGGGUCCACCUCGGCUGAGGUCCCGGGCAGGGGGCUUUUGGGCGUGGGGUGGCCCAGAGGUGGAGAGGGAGGUGGGGGUUGGCAGUGCCCGCACAUCCAGCGCUUAGCCUGGAUUUGGCCUGGUGGCAGGAGGGGCGUAAGUGCCUGCUGAGACCCCUUUGUUUUGGGGUUUGGGAGAGGCAGCUAAGUGGCAGGCGUUGGGGGCCACUGAGCUGGUACCACAUGUGGGACCGCGGAGGGGGCCGCCUAAGGAGGCGCAAGGAAGGAGCAAGCCCGCUUUCCCGAGGGCCCUUUUGUGCUGUCAGCAACCCGCAGAGCGCUGCACAGACCCCGCUGUCCCUGUACAUUCUCCCCGGGGGUGCCCGGUCCCUGCUCGGGGAUGGGAGUUUUGUAGACUGUACAGAAAUCGGCACCCUAUUUUCUUGCAGCUCUCAGAUUUUGUUAAUCUGGAUUAUACAGACAGACGUAAAGUGUUUUAGCAAAAUGGAAAACAGUUGUGCCUUUUUCCUCUUUCUGUUUGGUCCGGUUUUGGCUUGGGGUGGCCUUAGUGGGCUUGGGGCGAGUUGGGGCCGUGGUCUGGCCCGGCUGGGUGGGAGGGCAGGUGAGGUCAGCAUGGUGGGCCGUGUCUUGUCAGCUGGUAGCACCGCUCUGCUGCCAGCCUCCUUUGAUCCUGUGCCUUUGGGCCUCCAGUUGCUGGUGGGGGGCACGCGGGGCGGCCAUGGCAGAGCCUGGGGCUGCUGUGGCUCAUGGGCAUUGACAGAAGCACCUCGCUGAUGUCGCUCCCGGCAGUGGUGUGGCCCUCCUGUCCGGCUGGCGUCCCCCACCGGUUGGAGGCCCAGAGGGCAGUGGCUCUGGCUGGGCUCUCGAUAUUUCCUCACGCCCUUUUCUUGCUGCCAGGAGGGUGAGGCAGGGUGGCCACAUCUGGACUCUUGUCUGGCUGCUGCCUGGCACCUGAGGCGGGCAGAGGCACCUGUGUGCCCCCAGGCUGGGGGACCUGCCCACCCAGCGUGUGGCUCGUGGGCUCCUGAGGCCCCCAGGGCAGGUCUUCCGUCCUCCUCCAGCAGGGAGCUGUCGCUCCACAAACAUGCACUGAGAUGUGAGUUUUAUACCUUUGUAGAAAUUCUGAUGUUACUUCUACCUCUGUGACACGUCCUCCGGGUCCUGCCCAGUGAUGUGUCUGGGCGGCUCCUCCGAGUUGGGCGGCCCGGGGCCCCCUCCCGUCCCCGGACAGCAAGGCCAGCCUGAGCCUGGCACCGUGCUCAGGGCUCAGGCUUCCAGGACUCAGUUUGGAAGCCUCUGUUCUUGGAGUGGAAAGUGGGAGGCGGUUCAGGCCUUCUUCGUUAGAGGGGCUUGGAACACAGGCCUGACAGGCAGGGCAUCAGGGGCAGCCCAAGGGCCCAGGGCCCGGGCAUGUGGCUGGCGGGCCGUCCCCGGGUCAGGGCUCCUCAGACGGUUGUCCCAAGGGCGGUGUGUGUGCGGAGGCCGGCCGGGUCUGGCUCCAGGAAGGGCUGCGGCCUGUCUCCCACCUGUACUCCCUCACUGUCCACCCGGACCUCCAACUGCGGCCCUUGGCGGAGGGGCAGACGAUGGGGCCAGCCUGCCCUGCCAGGCAGAAACGGGGGUUGGGAGGCCAUGUGGACAGCUGGCCUGAGGCCACACAGUCCUGGGGCAGCCCCAUCCCGCUCUGGGUGUCCUUUUGCAGAGGUGGCCCUCCUGGGGGUGCUCGGGUGGCUCCUCCUGGCAUUGGCCACCUGCUUGGGACCAUCUUCCUGUAGGUCUGGGUGGCAUCGGGCAGUGGCCCCUGAGCCUCGGGAACAUGCUGUCGCCCCCCCCCCCCCCGCCCCCGCACGCCCUGUGUUACCUGCUGCUCCUGUGUCUUUCUGAAGCCUCUUCUGUGAAUCGUUUCGGCAUGGGCUGGCGCUCCCUUGCUGGCGGAGCCUUGGCCCAGGCUCUUAGGGUUUGGGUCCUGGGCUGGGGCAGAUCCCAGACUGUUUGCUCUUGGUGCCGACGACAUGACUCCUGCAGUGGCGUGAGGGCCACUGGCAGGUGGUGGCCCGGGGCCUGGGGUGCCACUGUGGGAUGUGGAUUUUUUUACAGCAAUAAUUAGUCGUUUUGGAGAAGGGGUGUGCCUGUGUGUGUGUGCAGAGAGGGGACCUGGUGGCCAAGGGCCCCCCCUCCAGCCUGGGAAGGGAGGCGGGAGGUGCUGGGUAGGGACAGGCUGGCGCCGAGCCUCGUCCACUCCUCUCUCCGGGCCCAGCCGACCUGGAAUGGAGGGCUUGCUCCCUCCUCCGCCAAGCGCUGGACCGGCCAGUGUGAAGGGGGUGACGGCAGGAAGCCUUGCCUGGGCCUCUGGGCACAUGGGAAGGGUGGCAAGGGCAGUGACUCUCAGCCAGACCGGCCGAGGUCAGAUCUGGUGACAUGGAGUCACCUCGGCCAGGCUGUUUGACCACAGCUGCCAGCGGAUGCUGUGUCCACGGGUGGGCCGAGCCCAGAUGUGUUGUGAUGGCUGGUUUCACUUACUGUUUUACUGUUCUGGGACCCAGGACUGUGGUGACUGUCUGAGCACUCAGGAUGUGCCAAAACAGCCCCCAUGAGGGCUGGGAGAUGGAGUGGCGCCCUGAGCUCCAGGGGAGACAGGCCGCAGGCGGGUGGUGAGGGCGCCGGGCAUCCUGCGAGCGUGUGAGCAGUGGGUGGGGCCGGGAGCAGUGCCCCUCCGCCGGCCCAGCCCCCAAUGCUGCUGUUUUUCAAUAAAAGCGGAGUUGAUGGAA